AUGGACUUGCCGUGUCUUCCGAGCGCGGCAUGGAACGCUAUCAAGGAUGUUCUCCACCUGGACGACAAUUCGUUGGGUGCGAAGAAUGCGGCCUUUACAGCAGCUCGCGAGCUCUGGCGUUUCGUCGUUUCUACGAAGAUACAUGCCACCUGGAUCAAGCGUCUCGGCCUCAUGGAGGACUCAACUCUGCCACAUGAGGUACACACCGCCAAGGCUCAAAACCAAUUUCGCCGAUCAGCCACUCGUUUUCGCGGGUCCACUUUUCAGCUAGAUGUAGGAGCGUAUGGACAACUCGUUGCACGGGUCAGUCGGUUAUUGCUGACUCUCUACUAUGCUACGAUGACCCCCUCGUUGCGGACGUUGCCAAGCGAUAGAGACUAA